AUGACUGUCGAACACCUUCGUCACCUUCGUUCCCGCCUCAAACUCACUACCAACCAUGACCAUGCGGUUUUGUGGGCUGUAUCCCUCGUCGGUUUCUGGGGUCUUGCGCGCCGCCGUGAGAUGGUCGGGCCUACCGUGAAAGCCAUAACCAACCGCCCCUGGGAUCCCAUUUGCAUCGGUGACGUUAUCCCUCGCGACACCCGCUUUGGCCUCAGCUACUCUAUUUAUGUGCGCCAUCCGAAGGUCAACACUGCCCACAACCAAUACAUCAACCUACAUCCGCGCCCGGAUGACCUCGAUCCCAUUUCCGCCCUCCAAUGCAUUCUCGAUUGGCACGACGCUCAGGCGCAUGAUCAGCAAACUCCGCUCUGGCUCCUGACUUCGAUGGAGGAAGCAACACCGGAAUGGCUUCGUGCUCUAUGGCUCGCCGCUACCAACUUCGACGUCGGGACUUCUUCAUUCCGCGCCGGGGGUGUUACAAGGUUGCUAUACGAGGGAGUUGCCCUGGAUACUAUUAAGAUGAUUGGUAGAUGGCGCUCCGAUGCUUUUGACGAUUAUGUACGGUCG